UCGCGAAUGAGAACCUGGCUUGAACAUCGAUCGGACUUUCUUGACGCAAUUCUCCUUCACGAAGCGCCUCGCGGCUCCCUCGACAACGAGCCUUGCGCCAGAUGCACGUCUUAUAACGUCUUGUCCUCGAUCCAUGGCCCCAUCGAUAUUGGGCGCUUUUCCUGUGGUGAAUGCCAUCCCCAUAUAUUACUGUGCGGUCCCUGUGUGGUGGAGAAGCAUCAGAAACAUCCGCUACAUGCCAUUAAUGAGUGGCUCGAUGGAUGCUAUCAUAGACGCACCCUAUCAGAGCUUGGUCUUCGCGUGCAGCUUGGGCACCUCGACGGGUCACCGUGCCACAACUCCGUGCCGGGACCCAACGACUUUCUCGUGUUUGAUUCUGAGGGAUAUCAACAUGUCAACGUUCGAUUUUGUGAAUGCAGCGGCCGCUUGCGAUGGCAACAGCUGAUUGAUAUCGGGUGGUACCCCGCCUCCGUCGACCGUCCCAAGACCGCAUUCACGUUCAGGUUUUUGGACGCAUUCCACAGGAUCACCUUGCAAGGAAAAAUUUCGUUACACGACUACUAUCUUAGUGUUGUGAACAAGACAAAUUGCGCGGGGACUGAUCGACCUGUAUAUCGAUACAAGGAGGCGACACUCUGCACGAGGCAAUGGGAGAAUCUGCUCAUGCUGAAGCGCGCAGGUCGUGCCCACGAUCCAUCGGGGAUAGACGCAACCGCUCUAGGAGAGCUCGCCGUUCUCUGCCCCGCUUGCCCACAGGAUGGCUGGAACCUACCGGAUGGAUGGCAAGACGUUCCGGAGGAUAAAAAAUGGCUCUAUACAGUAUUUGUGGCGCUGGAUGCGUGUUUCAGAUUGAAGAUGAAGGAUAGGAAAAUUGAUGAUCCAGAGCUUGGAUCAGGGUGGGCGUACAUGGUCGCAGAGCGCCCGUAUCAGGAUCACCUCAAGAAGCACCCCCAAAAGAAGGAGAAUGUACCGUCGUGCGACUCGUCGUUCCAUGCGAUAAGCAAUGCGGACUCCAAAGUCAAUUCCAAGGUAGCCGUCACCGGUGUCGGAGCCGCAAAGUGCGCGCGGCAUGCCUUUGUACGGCCUCAUGCUGCCGCAGACUUGCAGAAAGGCGAAAGGUUCGUUACCAUGGACUACGUGUUCUGGACCACGCUCUUGGUCUCGACAUGCGUCUCGUUUCUGGUUGUGUCGUACGACAUUGCAUGCCAGUGGUCUGUGAACCUCUUGCGCCGUAUCACGGACGGUAUCGAAGCGGGAUCAUAUUCAUCGCGCUUCUGCGCUCUGAUUGAGGCACCAAUCCGGUUCUUUAUCCCCGACUUCCAUAUCCACGGGCACGGUUGCAAAUGCCAAACCAAAUAUGCGUUCCCAUUGAACAGAGGAGUCGGAUUCUCGCAUGGCGAAACCACGGAGCAGGAGUGGGCGCAUAUUGGAGCCGUUGCCACUAGCACCCGUGAAAUGGGACCUGCAGCUCGACAUGCUACUCUUGACGACCAUUGGGGAUUCUGGAACUGGCGGAAGACAGUUGCGUUAGGGCCACUACUGCUUCGGAGCUUGACGACCGCGCUGCGAUUGCAAUCCAAGCAUCGGAGGGUGUUUACCGAGUUCACUGCCACAUUUCCCGAAGACCUCGUCGGGAAGUGGGAGGCCAUGGUGCAAGAGUGGGAAGUCGAUCACUCCAAGCCGGAUCCGUUCAUUGAACCGGAGGAAUCGACAACGUUUGCCGCUGUUCGGGCAGAGCUGGCGGAGGAAGAAGACGUAGAAGUGCAACGCGGCGUAAAGUCUCUUCAUAGGCUCACCGCUGCUACCUUUAUCCGCCAAGGUCUAGCUUUGGAGGACCAGAUCAGGAAGUUGCGACGAGAUGUCGAAGCAACAACUCGUGUCCCGACUGACGAUGCAAGAGCCUCGCUCAAGGAGCGCCGCACCUCGCUGCGACGAUUAAUCCUCGCGUGGUAUUCCGUGCAAAACAUCUACAUGCCCGGUGCAGUCACCGAGCGUGAUGCGCAGUGCCAUGUCAGCGAGGACGUAGAGCAGCAGUCCAUCGAAGCCGAAGACCUACCCAUCCUGUUACCUUCGUAUUUUGGCGAUAAAUUGCCCAAAGACGCAUGCCUAAGAGGAUGCACCUCUAAGGAAGCUCGACUACGAGUGGCGCUCCUCGAAGACUCGCUGAUAGAGUUACGACAUCGGCGUCGAACACUUGUCGGCCUUUUGCGAAGGUACAAAAUCGACGAGAACACAGGCACUCGAGGAGGCACCCGAAAUCGAGAAGUUCUUGCUCGCCUCGCCGCGAAGAUCGACAUGGUUGUGAGUCGUUACCGCGCCUCCUAUGACGCCAUGACGAGAUUACAACCAAAUGGCGAAUGGACGAAGCGCUUCCGUGAGCUUCAUGACAGAGAUAUAUGUGGCCCUUAUCAGAGCAGCAGAGAGGGCGAGACCGCGUCUCGUAAUCGCGAAUAUGCACCGUCGUGGAUAUGGACUAUGGGCCCUAUCCCGGGAGUGAGUACGCGGAGCGAUGAGGCUGUCGAUGAAACAUCUACCUCCGAGGCUUCGGCGGAGUUCAUGCGAAAUGAAUGGGCUCGUGAACGCGCACGCUACCAUAGGGCCAAUGAAGAGGUGGAGCUCAGUGUUGCGGAGAUGCAGCGGGUAUUGAUAUUCUGCAAGACGAAAGCCGCCUGGUGGGAUAAGCAAGCAUCCCGAAGACAGGUGAUGGACGAACACCUCGGCCGCUCUCUGAGAGCCUACGCUAGACGCCAAGCAUUCAUGUACCGCGAGAUGACUGUGGCGUACGCUUCACAGUGGAAGCCAGCCCUUGUCACCGCUGGACUCGCGAAGGACUGG